AUGAUGAUGCAAAACAACGGAAAGUGUUGUUUUUCUUUGAAAAGGAGCACUUUGAGAGCAGGCAACUCUCACGUGAACAACAACGCGCUUCGUUUUUGUCGUCGCCGUCAAAAUCAUCGUCAUCAUCAUCCUCCGACGGGGAGGACUUUGAGGAGGACUCUUAGUGCUUCUUCUUCUUCUGUACCUCCUCCUGAAUACGCUCGAAAUGUAAACGCGGAAGAAGUGCAGAGAAACGAAAACGAAUAUGUGUUAAACACGUACGGACGAGGGAAAUCUCGCGUCAUCACGCACGGGAAAGGCGUUUUGUGUUUCGAUUCCGAAGGGAACGAGUAUUUAGACUUUACCGCCGGCAUCGCGGUGAACUGUUUAGGCCACGCGGACGAGAAAUUGGCAAAAGUUAUCGCGGAACAGGCGAAGACGUUACUGCACACGAGCAAUUUGUACCACACGGAACCGCAAGCGUCGUUGGCGAAAAAGUUGGUGGAGACGUCGUUCGCGGAGAAGGCGUUCUUUUGCAACUCGGGGACGGAAGCGAACGAGGCGUGCGUGAAGUUCGCGAGGAAGUAUCACUACGAGAAGUUUCGAAAGAUGUCGAGAUCUGACCAGGAGUUUUAUAAGAAACCGGCGACGGAGACGGUCUCGUUUAAAAACGGGUUUCACGGACGAACCAUGGGUGCAUUGGCGUUGACGUGGAAAGAGCAAUAUAGAAAACCGUUCGAGCCGUUGAUGCCGGGGAACGCGUUCGCGACGUACGGCGAUUUGAAAUCCGCCGCGAAAGUUAUAAAGAGAGGGAAAACGGCGGUCGUUUUCGUGGAACCAGCGCAAGGUGAAGGCGGGAUUUUUCCAGCCGAUGCGGAAUUUUUGAAAGGGUUGAGAAAGUUAUGCGACGAGAACGAUUGUUUGUUGGCGUACGACGAGGUGCAAUGCGGGUUAGGGAGAACCGGGUAUUUGUGGGCGCACCAAAAGAUCGGGAAAGAGUGCGAGCCAGACUUGUUAUCGGCAGCGAAGCCGUUAGCGAACGGGUUACCGAUUGGGUGCGUUUUGAUGAAGCAGAAAGUCGCGGACGCCAUGCAACCGGGCGAUCACGGGAGCACAUUCGCCGGAGGACCUUUGGUGUGUCGAGCGGCGUUGCACGUCUUCGAUCGCGUGCAGGAACCUGGAUUUUUAGACAACGUGAAAACGAACGGAGAAUAUUUAAAGGAUACAUUAGCGGAAGGAUUGAAAGGACAUCCGAUGUUCAAAGAGGUGCGAGGUACUGGUUUACUCGUUGGCGUACAGUUUACCGAUAUGGCGGCUCCUUUGGUGAAAGCGUGCGGCGAGAACGGGUUGUUAGUCAUCACCGCUGGCAAAGGCGACGUGUUGAGAUUAGUGCCGCCGUUAGUCGUGACGAAAGAACAGAUAGAUAAAGCCGUCGAGAUUAUCUGCGAACAAGCGUUGAAAGUGAUGGUUUAG